AUGGCUCCAAACUCUAACGCAACGAAGAGGCACAGGCCGCGGGAGAAAUUUGAUAAGAAACGGGAUGUGAAGAAGUGUAAACGUGCUGAGAAGGCUGUGGUUUCCGAACCUCCAACAGAGGAUUCAGAUUCAUCCGAAGAAGAGCCUAUGGAGGACGAACCAGAAGCAAUGGUUUACAGAGAGCCCACAACGUAUGAUAAUUUGCUGGCGUCUCUCGGUUCAUCUAACAAGGUUGUUGCUGAUAUGAACAAAAGAAGGCAGAGAGAGGAGGAAGGUAAAAGUGACUCAGAAGGGGAUGAGGAUGAGGAUGAUGAAGAUGAAGAUGAGGAAGAGGAGGAAAACAGUGGGUCUGAGGACCAAAACUCUACAGAUGGAGAGGAUGAUGAGAUUGAAGGGGCUGAUCAGGAAAGUCUCGGAGGUAUCACCGAUGACGCAACGCAGGAGAACAAUGAUAACCAUAGUGAGGAAGAAGAUUCUGAGGAUUGUGAAACGGAUGAGGAGCUUGACUUGAGUGCCAAUGGCCAAUCUUUUGUAGAUUCUUCUUCAUCUACUAGUGCAUUUAGUGAGCACCUUAGUCACAGAUUAUCUGGUGAAGAAGUGGAAACUUUAUCAAGAGGCAACUGGAAAUUUAAAUGGGAAGCACCUGCCAUUGACAUGCCAAAUUGCAGUUGGAAAGGAACAAGUCCAAAUUUCCUUGAUGGUAUUCAGAGUGAUGCAACUUACGGCCUCAAGCCUAAGCUAUUUAAGCACUGGCUUCAGUUAUAUGAGAAAUCUGGAGGCAAAGAUUUUUGCUCGUCUAAAAGGAGAAGAUUCUUCUCCAUUUGCAACACCUAUCUGGAUAUUUUGCAUUCGAACAAGAGACCCUUUUACAUUAAAGGCCCUGAAGAAGACUCAAGUGCCAUGGACGCAUACCUCAUGCAUUCUCUGAAUCACAUUUUUAGAACUAGAGAUCUUGUGAAGAAGAAUGAAAGUAAAAUUGCCAAGCAUCAAGAGACGGCUGAAGAGGAAAUUCUUUCUGAUGAUGGAUUUCUGGACCAAGGCUUUACUCGUCCAAAGGUACUGAUUAUUUUACCAUUGAGGAGUAUUGCCUUUCGCGUCGUUAAGAGGCUCAUACAGUUAACUCCAGAAUCUCAAAGGGCUAAUGUAGAACACCUUGACCGGUUUCGUGCUGAGUUUGGAUGUGAUGACGAUUCUGAUGAUGAUGAUGAUGGGAAGAAGAAUACAUCCGAAAAUGAGAACUCGACAAAGAAAAAGUCUUCGAAACCUUCUGACUGGCAAGCCCUUUUUGGCGAUAAUAACAGCGAUGAUGAAUUUAUGAUCGGCAUUAAGCAUACAAGGAAGAGCAUUAAGCUGUAUGGUGAUUUCUAUUCCUCAGACAUGAUUAUUGCUUCCCCUCUCAAGUUACAUAUGGCCAUUGGUCAAGCAGAGGAAAACAAGGAACGGGAUGUUGAUUUUCUGUCCUCGAUCGAGGUUUUGGUUAUCGAUCAUGCCGACAUAAUAUCUAUGCAGAAUUGGUCGUUCCUUACUACAGUCGUCGACCACUUGAAUAGAUUGCCAACGAAACAACAUGGUACCAAUGUCAUGCGAAUCCGGCCAUUGUAUCUGGAUGGUCAUGCACGGUUCUAUCGGCAGUCAAUAAUUCUUAGUUCUUAUUUAACACCAGAGAUGAACAAUCUAUUUAACCGCAAUUGCUUGAACUACAAAGGAAAGAUGAAGCUGGCGUGUGAGUACAAAGGUGUUCUUCAGAAAGUGUUGCUCCCUGUCCGUCAGAUUUAUGAAAGAUUUAAUGCAGACUCCAUAAUCCAAGCCGACGAUGCUCGUCUUGAAUAUUUUACCCAAAAGAUUUUCCCAAAGAUUAAAGAUUCUGUUCAGGGAGGAGUAAUGAUAUUUAUUCAUUCUUACUUCGAGUUCAUCAGGGUUAGAAACUUUUUGAAGUCGCAGAAUGCCUCUUUCUGUCUUCUUGGAGAAUACACAAAAAACGCCGAUAUAUCCCGUGCACGUGAAAGGUUUUUUUCAGGGAGCCGAAAGAUCAUGCUCUACACUGAAAGAUCAUACUUCUAUCGGAGAUACAAGAUCCGUGGCAUCAAGAAUUUAAUUUUAUAUUCUCUUCCGGAGCGGAAGGAGUUUUACCCUCAGAUUGUAAACAUGCUUGAAGGAUCGCAUGACAUGAUGGCCACUGCGCUUUUUUCACGUUUUGAUAUGCAGCAGCUGGAAAGGAUCGUUGGUUCUGUUUCCGCAAAGAGAAUGAUCAGUUCUGAGAAGAGCAUUUUUGCUUUCUGUUAA